CGGAGCUUCUUCCCCAACAUCAACAUCAACCAUAUAAUUCAUAAGAAAACUACAUAGAAGGGGAACAAAAUAAUAAAAAGAAGAACAAAAUACCCACAAAAAUGCCCUCCCCACCAAACAGCAACAUCCGCGCCUUCAAUCUAGCCGUCCGAACGCUCCUCAAAAACCCCUCCCAAUUCCUCCCCCAUCUCACAAUCCCAACGAUAACCCACCUCCCCGAACAAGUCGGUCCCUUACUCGCCGCAAAUCUCAAUCUCCAAUCCCCAGAUGGCUCCAAAUCUAAAUCGCCCACAAUCCGCGCUCUUGUCCUCGACAAAGACAACACCCUGUGUCACCCCCAAACCACGACAUUCCCACCACAGAUCCUCGAUAAGCUGCACGCUCUCCGCACGUCACACACCUCUCCCUUCAACCGUGAUCAGCACCCGGAUUCGAUCCUGAUUGUGUCCAAUCGGGCUGGUUCGCAUCCGCGCUAUGAUGACGAGGUGCGGGAGCUGGAGGAGCGGCUGUCUGGGUUGCAGAUUCCCGUGUUUCGGUUGCCGGAGGGGAGUGAGAAGAAGCCGUUCUGUGGGGAUGAGGUAUUAGAGUGGUUUCGGGAGCGCGGGGUGGUAAAGGGUGCGAAUGAGAUUGCUGUCGUUGGAGACCGGCUUGGGACGGAUGUGUUGAUGGCGGCGCGGAUGGGGUCGUGGAGCGUCUGGUGUCGGGAUGGGGUGACGGAGGGAGUUGACCCCAAGGACGUAAGGCCCGGAAUGAAUCUUCUGGAAAAGAUGGAGGUUUGGGUGGAGAGAUACUUGAGGGAGUCCAAAGGCUUGAAGGCCCCUUCACCCCGGGGUUGGGACAGUCAAUAGCUUUCUGCACCGUAUAUUUUUUUAUAGACUUCCAAAUACCCAUGUACGAUAGAUAUAGCUUGUCUUAUACGCGUAUGACUACACUUAGUACUUACGACAUGU